AUGGCCCACGCAGAACUUGAUCGUCUUCAAGUAUGUUUGAACUUCGCACUCGACACCCUCCGCAAGGAGAUGGACAACUCGCAACUUCCUCCCCUGAGUCAACACAGCUCAGUAGAACACCCGCAAGCCGUUAUGCUUUACACUCACAAAUGCCUAACCUUCAUGAAUCAUCCUCUAGCAUGCCUGGGAGAACUAAAGAACCUCAUCCAGUCGCCUUUGGAUAAGCGCAUGGAUGAUAUAUUCUCGGCGUAUAGUUCUGCCUGCAUGGAUACCCUUAUCAAGACCAGUAUCAUCGACCACUUGUCUGAAUCGUCAAAUCCCUCCGAAGGAAUCGCAGUCGCAGAACUGGCCUCAACAUUCGAACUUGAUUCUCAAAAGCUCGUUCCCAUUCUUCGCUUCUGUGCAGCCAACGGUUGGGUGCGGGAGACCCGUGAUUCUUCAUUUGCUUUGAACAGAUGCUCGCGCAUUUUUAUCAAAGGUCGCACAGGUCGGAGACUGAAUCUUUCGUUUCUGUCCAUAGUCAGAGUCAUGCCAGCUUGGGUAACGGAAUCGGAUUGGAAAUUGUCGCGUUCUCCAGCGCAGACUAGUUUCCAGAUCGCGUUUAAUACUCCUUUGCAGCAAUUCUCCUGGAUCCAACAGAAUCCACAGGCUCUUAUUCCACUGGCGGAUCAUCUCCAAGUCCUUGGUGACAUGUCUACACCGAGCAUUGUGGCAGACUACCCAUGGGAACGACUGGAAACACCCGUCAUCGUUGAUUGCGGAGGAGGAAAAGGUGGUCUAGUUACAGCCAUCCUAGACGCGCAUCCUUCCUUCCAAGCUAUCGUGCAAGACAUGGAGAAUGUCGUCGUAAUGACAGGUUCACUUAUGAAAGAACGUCGCCCUCAUGAUAUAGAGAGUGGUAUACUCAAGGUGGAAGCCCACGACCUUUUCCAGUCUCAACCACGGAUCGGGAACGAGUACAGUUUCAUCUUGCGUCACAUACUGCAUGAUUGGCCUGACAAAGAAGCGGCGGCGAUAUUGGGAAACGUAGCUCGUGCACUGGGCCCCAAGUCCAAAAUUCUCAUCAUCGAAAUGGUAGCUGUCCCGAACGUAGAUUCUACUGCUACAAGGAGUGCCAAGUCAUUCUUACUGGACAGCGAUGAUAAACGCCCCAACUAUUGUAUUCCAUCGCACUUUGGUGCGGCGUCCAAACUAGUCAAUGCGUUCUCGGUGAACAUGCUGAGCUUGAUGAACGGCUGCGAAAGGUCUUUGCGCGAGUGGGAGAGCCUUGUCAACGGGUGCGGGCUUCGUAUCACGAACGUCUAUCCGCUGAGAGCUCACACUUCUGUUAUCGAGUGUGCGCUUGAUGUAUAA